GAAGAGGGAGAACCGACCCGGAACCGUUCAUUUAAUAAUCGCCCCGGCUGAAUAUCAGACGCUCGUUGCCCCUCCGGCACCGAACGGGUACCGUUCAUCAAACAGAAGCCAAGCCUCCGAGCUCCUUCCCGGCUCUCGGAUUUAGUCGAAAUGAAUGCAAACAAUCACGUGGGUUUCAGCCAGGCGGUGACGUUGGAUUCUGCUCUGUCAGAAGACAGCAUCUGUCAAAGCCCACAUUUAAACUGCCGCCUGCCUAUGCGGUGGCGGCUGAAGGGCCGAGAGACGCGGGGCUCAGCGAGGCGGCCCCAGCGACGAUGGGAGAAGAGAGGUAGCGCCUGCCCGUCCUUCCCGACCGGCGGACCGGCCCCCGGUCUGGCUCGGGCUGCUCGGCGUGGCGGCUCGGCCGUUUCCACGCGGAAUAUGGAGACCGAGGAGAGGCUACCGUGCCGCGCCGUACGGCCGGGGGACCGCCGCACGUAGAGGGCUUCGAUGCGUCGGCCGCCGGCGGCGGACGGCAGCGCUCCGGACGGCGUCUUUUGUUCCCCCGGACGGGAGUCCCAACCUGCCGGGACCAAGCGCACGCCUACGAGGGAGGCGGGGGGAGCUCGGGGACGAGCAGACAGAUGGACGGCUCGGAUACUGGGGAAGAGCCAUCGCGGGAGGCAGAGCGGUGGGGGAUGUGCGCAUGUUCCAUGGCAUCUUUUUGACUGAAGCGAUGGCGUGCCAAAACUAUUUUCAGGGGGCAUAAUCCUAUCACCAUAAAUGGCCUGACCAAGGAAGAGAUACCUAGAGGAGAUUCUUUAACCGGCCGCUCUCAGAAGACGGACGCCAAAGAAUAAGGGCGGUUUCGCGAGAAAAGGUCAUUUGGCGCCCCCGGCAAUUUCCCACCUCAUCAGCGGACACCUACAACAUGCUUCAGUGGAGGAGGCGGCACUGCUGCUUUGCCAAGAUGACCUGGAACGCCAAGAGAUCUCUGUUUCGAACGCACCUCAUCGGCCUGCUCUCUCUCGUUCUUCUCUUCGCCACCUUUCUGUUCUUUCACCAUCACGACUGGCUGCCGGGCAAAGCUGGAUUUAAAGAAAACCCCGUGGCUUACACCAUCCGGGGAUUCCGGUCCACCAGGAGCGACACGAACCACAGCUCGCUGCGGAGUAUCUGGAAGGAGGCCGCUCCUCACACGCCGCGGCCCCAGACGGGCGGCGGCUCCAACCACAGCGAACUGUCCCCUCAGGGGGUGACCGGGCUAGAGAACACGCUCAGCGCCAACGGAAGCCUCUACGACGACAGAGGGCCCGGCCGGCCCAAUCCGUACCACUUCAGGUACAUCAUAAACGAGCCCGCGAAAUGCCGGGAAAAGAGCCCUUUCCUGAUCCUGCUCAUCGCCGCCGAGCCCGGCCAGGUCGAGGCGAGGCAAGCGAUCCGGCAAACGUGGGGCAACGAGAGCCUGGCCCCCGGAGUCCAAAUCGCCCGCGUUUUUCUGCUGGGUUUAAGCGUGAAGUUAAACGGGCACCUCCAACGGGCCAUCCAGGAGGAGAGCAGACACCACCACGACAUCAUCCAACAGGAAUAUCUGGACACGUACUACAACCUGACCAUUAAGACCCUCAUGGGCAUGAACUGGGUGGCGACCUACUGCCCCCGUAUCCCGUACGUCAUGAAAACCGACAGCGACAUGUUUGUGAACACGGAGUAUUUAAUACACAAACUGCUGAAGCCGGAUCUGCCCCCGAGGCACAACUACUUUACCGGUUACCUGAUGAGAGGGUACGCGCCCAAUCGGAACAAGGACAGCAAGUGGUACAUGCCGCCAGACCUCUAUCCCAGCGAGCGCUAUCCGGUCUUCUGCUCCGGGACGGGUUACGUGUUCUCGGGAGAUCUGGCCGAAAAGAUCUUCCGCGUCUCUCUGAGCAUCAGGCGCUUGCACUUGGAGGAUGUAUACGUGGGCAUAUGCCUUGCCAAGCUGAGGAUUGACCCCGUGCCCCCCCCCAAUGAAUUUGUCUUCAAUCACUGGCGAGUUUCGUACUCGAGUUGUAAAUACAGCCACCUAAUUACCUCCCAUCAGUUCCAGCCUAGUGAACUGAUCAAAUACUGGAACCACUUACGACAAAAUAAGCACAAUGCCUGUGCCAACGCAGCGAAAGAAAAAGCGGGCAGAUACCGUCACCGCAAACUGCACUAAAAAGGACCCUUCCUCUCCACGGUAUUUCACGUGCAAUCUGUAGAUAGCGCCCAAAGCAUGGACAGGGAAAGAUGAAGGAGCUCAAUGGGACGCUCUUUAGUUAAGCCCCGUCACGUUACAGAGUUCAAAAAUUAUUUUUUUAAUUUCUGAAGAGUAGGAUUCUUAAGAUAGAGUGUUAGACUAUAACCCAAAUAUUUCCCAAACCACUUUGAGAAGGGGAGUAUAUGCAAAGAUGUGGCGUGGUAAUGUGCAAUAAUGAGCACGAACACUUUGGGGGGGACUAGAGAACUGUUAGGGGAUGUGUCGAUAAGACGUUAUUGAACCAUACUUUUCACACAAAUUUUACUUUAAAAAAUGAAGCCUGAGUCAAAAGAAACUUUUCUUUCGAAUCAUUGUUUUCCAUUUAACUAUAUAAAGUAGCUGUAAAUAAUAAUAAUAAAAAAAAAUCUACAACUUGUUUUAAGAAAACUUUGUAACUGUAAAAAAAAAAAAAAGCCAGUUUCUCUGGACCUGAAUACACUACCAUGUUUUCACAACUCUAUACCACGCAAUAACACUUAGUUGGUAUUCCACAAAGGCACUUACAAACUUAGAUGUUUCACUAAUGUGCUCCUUGCUGAAUUCCAGCUAGUUAGCAAUCGACCCAUUGGACUGAGGAGGAAAGCAUUUGGUUUUCAUUUUUAGAAAAAUACUCCCAUGCAUCUGAGAACGACCAUUUUUGCCUUUACGGAUCUGUGUUAGAAGGUGAACAUUCCUGUGUCUCAGGCUAAAACUAAACAGAUAAAGCUAAACGUUUCCAGGUACCCAGUUUCUAUUUCCUUAAAGGCAUCCUAGACCAUAGCGGGGCUCCUCGAAUGUUCAUUUCAUGAUCUGUUUACUUAGAUGGGCCACUGCACACUCUCUUUCAUGGGGCCACCUCCCGGCAGAAAGCGAGCCGUCCUCUAAGGAUCGCUCACACUUAUGUUCUCAAGCCAAAAAGGGUCAGUUGCGGAAAGAGGCACACAUCACUGAAAGGGUCGAUGAGGGCAGAAGCAGCUUCAAAACAUCGGCAGAAUGCCUGUCAGCCAAGGUGCAGCAUACGGGAAGCUCGCUUCCCGACAGCGGGUACGCACGCGCUGAUGCUUAAUCAUUCGACGGCGUUGUUUCUGGUGGGCUGCCGAGCUGACGGGCCCAAGACUUUGAAUUGAUGGGACAAUAAACGCUCGACGUUCUCAAUGGAAGGCAUUUUGGAGGAAAAUAAAGUUCAAAUGUCGGAUAAACAUUUCAUCCAAGAACAAUGUGAAUGAUGCACUUUUACCCAAUUUUAAUAAUAAAACGUUUAAUGUACACAAAAUGGCAAAAA